AUUGCAGUCAAUAGGAGAUUUCCUAUAAUUGGCGGAAAGGUGGGAACCGGGGGUGGACCACUGGCCCCAGUUACGAGAAAUGAAAGAAGGCCUUGCUCCGAAUCCUGACAUUCUCCGCGCAGCUAUUUCGCUAUACCGCGCCUUUUCACGGCGAGGCCGCGGGUGCUCCUGAGGGGCCCCUUCCCUCAGACCCAUGGGCUUCUAACGGCUCGCGGGGAAACUACGUUUCCCAGGAGGCGUCGCGGUGCUUGCCGGAAGCCCGGGCGCGAGGGUGAGCCGGGGAGGCGCAGGUGCGGUGGCUUGUGGGACCGUCGUCGGAGGUGGCGGCGGCGGCGGCGGGGCUCCAUCAUGGCGGCUUCCAUUUCAGGCUACACGUUCAGUUCCGUUUAUUACUACAGCACCAACAGUAGCGCCGACCAUGUAAGUGCCCCGUGUGAGGCGACGUUUCUCUCUCUCACACACACUUCCCGGGGGGGGGGCAGGGGAGGCAAGCCUUGCGCGAGAGGAAACGGUCGUGAGAGGGAAGAAGGGGGAGGCGGCGAUAGGAAGCGGAGCGCGGCAGGUAGCCUGGGCCGAGCCCGCCGUGGGAAGCGGGAUACGAGGGGGAAGAAAGCUGUGUUUGGCUGGGGGGCGGGGAUGGCAGGGCGAGUGGGCGACCUUUUGGGAAGACAGCCAUUCGAGGUGGGGAGAAGCAAAACGCGUGCUGAGAAUACAAAACAGCUGAGCUUGAUAACGAAGCCGCCCGUGGAGCCGUCAUGCAGCUUUUCCCAACCUGGUGCCCUGGGCGCUUUCACUUGGUAUUUAUGAAGCAACAUGUAGAGACUGGCUUUGGAGAUAAUACAAUCUGUUAAAAAGGAAAGAAAUCUCGUUGGAUGUAUCUAUAGAAGCUGUUUUGUUUACCUAUAGAAACAAGGGGAGGAGUAAAAUUAAAAGAGAAACUAGGACCCCUGUAGUAAUAAAAACUAUAUUUGUUUAUAGUGACGGGGUUCAGCCGUGGUAAGCUGCAGUGUUAGGAUGCUAGAAGAAUUGAAUAUAGCAAGUGAAGCCUUGCUAUAGAACAUUUCCCUGUGCUUUGUUUUUCUGGGGGGGGGAGGAAUCUGAUUCAUUAGCAAUAAUGCAUGGAUGCCAAAUGCAAUUGCAGUUACAGCAAAGCUAGACAGUUCUAAACUGUUUAGGUUUGUGUUUAAAUUAUUAAAAUAUGCUAAAUUAUCAAAAGUGUGAGGCUAACUGAAAACUACUGAAUGCAAAGUAUGCUGUUUUUUCAAUUAAAUUUAUUUUAUUUUGAGAACCCACAAUACUGGAUGUAACUCGUUUGUUUUCUAGGUGAGAAACCUCUGGGGGGGAGGGGGAGAUGAAAAGAUCUAGGUGAAAGCUAUAGAUAGUGAUGGUUUAAGCCAGGGAUCAGCAACCUUUUUCAACCAUGGGCCGGUCCACUGUCCCUCAGACCAUGUGGUGGGCCGGACUGUAUUUUGGGGGGGAAAAAUGAACGAAUUCCUAUGCCCCACAAAUAACCCAGAGAUGCAUUUUAAAUAAAAGGACACAUUCUACUCAUGUAAUAACACACUGAUUCCCAGACCGUCCGUGGGCUGGAUUGAGAAGGCGAUUGGGCCGCAUCCGGCCCACGGGCCUUAGGUUUCCUACUCCUGGUUUAAGCUGAGGGACAAAACUACCCACCAGUUGGUGAAGUUCUGAAUGUUCCCCUUCAGAAAUACUACUAGGUGACUGCAGCAUGACAUUAAGUCUAUCCUUUAGAUAGUUGCAGGUGGUGUUUUAUUUGUAUGUUUCCUUGCUUAAGUUCUUUAUCAAUACACCUUCAUUAUACUGAUUCUGUAAUAUCUUUAACAAUGUUGCAUUGUUUUAGUAUGUGUCUGAGUGUUUCCUGAUGUGGUGUAAUGGUUAUAAUGAUGUAAGUGGACUAAUGGACUAAGACCUCUAGAAACUAAAGGCUCAAAUCUCUGGGAGAUGGGUCCUCCUGAAGUUCUUUUGGGCAGAAUGAGAUGCAGUUGGUGAUGGAUGGUCAGAUAACAAAAUAUUUGGAUAGUUCUAGGCCAGGUGGUGUGACAGGAGGUAUUGGUUGCAGUCUACAGAGACGACUUCUCCUUUUUUGGUCAACUCCAGGUUCUGAGUAUAACUGGUGCUGGGCAAUAAGGAUGGAUUAGAAAUCCUAUUGUACAGCUGAUCAGUAGUCUGGUGUGGUGUUGAAGAUUUGCAGACUUUUGUCUCAACAUUUAUGUUGGAAAUUUUGUUGGUGUGUCUCUGGAAUUCAUUGCUACCAUUACAAGGUAAAAGGUACCAUUACAACCAUGGGGCUGUCACAUUCUAUCAGCCUACCACAUGUUAUGGGUUGCACACAAGUUUGGCGAUAGCUUGAACUCAAGUGGCAGAAGACUUAAAUGUAGCAGCAUAUGAGCCCAUUUUUUGACCCACUGUGACAAUAAUAAUGAUGGCAAAAUGCAUCUGCACCACGAUUCUGUUAGUUUGUCGUAGACCAACAGAAUUGGAGGGGGGGCGGCUUACAGUAGCUUUCAGUGUCGUCCAUAACAUGAUACAGUAAUACUUCCACAAACAUCCGCCUCGUCUAGCAUCCAUUCCAGCGAAUGUCCAUGACAAACCCAGAAGUACCAGAACGGGUUACUUCCGGGUUUGCUGCUCGCGCAUGCACGGAAGUGCAAACCACUCCGCACGCAUGCUUGGCGAUUUGCCCUGCGUCCUUUUCAGCUAGCAGCCAGGGCUCUAGAACGGAACCCAGUCGCAAAACAAGGUACAGCUGUAAUUGUAAAACCCAUAGAGGUGCAGUGGAAUGUAUUUGCUUUGAGGAUAAAAUCACCUGCAGCUAUCUCAGCCUGGAUGUCAUAAAUUCUGCAGUUUGGUCUCUGAAAAUGUGAGACCAACUUACUUUGUUGGGGAUUACAAGGAUGGCGUGAUUUUGUCCCCUUGGCUUAUAACAUUGAGAAGUAAUGACUGGUUGGAGCCAGGAAGUGAGACAAGCCUCCUUGUAAGAACAAGUAGCUUCCACAACCUAGAAAAAGAUGGUUAAGAUCACACAUAAAGAAUCCUCAAUCAUAAGUACUGGUUAAUCACAUAUAUUUGCUUUUAGAGCAAAGUGCUUAAGAAAGUGAUGGUUGUGCAUUUCCAGUUUCACUAAGCAGAUGUCUUUCAAGCUGGAUUUAACAAUGAAACAGUGGUCCUUACUAUGAUGGAUAAUGUUUAUGCUGGGGAAAGAAAAGAGUCCACCUGGAGGCUUUCAGUGUUCUUGGAUACUAGAUGGUAUCCUUCUGGUUUAACUGUCUGGGUUGGGGAUCAGGGACACUGCACUAACGUGGUUCAGUACUUAUCUCAAUAGUUAGUUAGUUUUCUGUACGGGCAACUCCCUGUUUCCACAGUGGGGGUUGGGUUCUGGGUCAUUGCACAUGUUGGCAGAGUGAGUAUAAGCCCAUCCCAUUCCUUCUUCCAGGGACGAAAAUGAUAAGUGUGUCAGCAGUCACACGCAGUGUUCAAAAUUUUCCAGGCGCAUUUUGCACUUGGCUGUCGGCUACUUGCGACCAAGUGAAGAUACCCAGGCACCAGGAUGGUACCUGAUGUCUCCACAAUCUGGAGGUGCAUGUCUGGGGAUCCUUGGAUCUUGACUGUUUUCACACACUAGCACCACAUCCUGUAGAAAUCUGUCUGUUAUAUUUUAUCUGUAUAAAGUAAGCAGCACAUAAGCGGCACACAAAACGCUACCAAACCAUUCUACGUUCUAAAUCUUAUAUUAAUAAUCCAAAAAUUGAGAGAGCUCACAUAGAACGUAGAAUGGUUUAGUAGUGUUGCCACCUGUAUAUAUAUCAUUCUUACUAAAUUUAUUGGAUGCUUUGUCUUGCUGAAGGCAAAUUAAAGCAUUUUUUUAAAAACAACAACCCCCCCCCCCCCAACUUUAAAAGGCCAUAGUUAGUUAACAGCCAAAGGCCAGGCUGAAGAGGAAUGUUUUUGCUUGGCGCCUAAAGAUAUGUACCAACAGUUCCAGGCAAACCUCCUGAGGAGAGCAUUUUACACACACGGAACACAUAAAAUGUCUGUUCUUUUUUUGCCUCUGGACCUCCCACGAAGGGUGCACACAGAGACGGCCCUCAGAUGAUAAUCACAGGGUCCGGAUUGGUUCACAUGGGGAGAGCUAGUCCUUGAGGUAUUGGGGGUGGUGGCCAUGGAAAGGGCUUUCUCUGUUGCUGAAUGUUCUCCACAGGGAGGCUCACUUGGGUGCCAAACUUUAUAUGAUUCUGACACUUUUUAUUCACACAGACUUCCUAAACUGGUUAACUCUUCUUUAAUUGCCAUGACUCUUUCAUCUAUUCCCAGUUCACUGCUUUUAUACUACUUGCAGAAAUGUGUUUCUUCUCAUUGUUAUUAGAAUGUCCUGUAAGAUGUUCUAAGAGUUUAGAAGUUGCAGGGUAGGCUAGAAAAUGUUUUAAAUGAUACAUUUUGCCAUUUUGCAUGUAUUUGUAUCCUUCAGUUUACCAACAGGAAUGGAGGGAUCGCUGCAUAGAAGGGGCAGGGAGGAAGGGACCGGAGAGGCUUGUCACAUUGGCAUUGCUUGGUGUUGUCCAAUUGAAGCCAUAGUAGGAGUUCCAUAAUGUGUUUUGACUUAUUGAACAGUAAGCAUAUUGAGCAUAAUUAUGUGCAGCUCCUUCAGAAUUCUCUUGCUAUUUUGGGCAUAUACUAGCAAUACCCCCCCCAAAAGUACUUUUGGAAUGAUGAUAAUGAAGUCAUGUAGAAUUUUCAUGUUAUAUUUUCAGUGUAUAUUCCUCUAUGCUAUUCUGUCCAUAGAUGGAAUUUGUUCCCUGUGGGAAGAAAACACUUAAGAACAAAGCAACAUACUCUGUUCAGAAUCUUUAGACUCCUCUUGUUAAGGAGUUUAUGUCUCUUUCCUAACACCAUAAAAAUGCUAUGCUUUGUUUUAAUUUUUGUUUUUGUUUUCUUGUUUCAAACAAAAAACUAAUUUGCAGUUGAAUUUUAAUGGAUUUUUGGAUUACCAUUAAUUGUGUUUAAGUUUAUAUGAGCUACUUUGGGGGCUAACAAGGUAGAGUAUAGAUUUGGAAAACAAUAUUCCCCAAACUUGUGGUUUAUUGGGUAAAACAAUAUGACUGUUUUAGGAAAACAGGCCUAUUUUAAUUUUAUUUUGCUUGUUGAUAAAUAGCAAACAAAUAAGUUAAUGGUAUCUUUGGUUUCUGUUACAUUAUGCUUUAUCUACAGAUCUGUGUGCUAAAUUCAGUACUUUUUGUCCUUCAGAUGAACUUUUUGUUUGCAACUUAAACAAUUUUGACUUCGGAUCAGUGAAUUCUGUUGUCUGCUCUGGAAGGCAAGCUUCUUAAAGUGCAAGCUGUUCCAAAGCCCCAAAUAGGAAUGUUCUGCCUACUUUUUUGCAGUAUGCAGCUACUGGAUUGUAGCUUUUGCAAAUAUGCACUGGUUUGUGUUCUCUGAUAGCAUUUUGUAGUCCUGUUUUAUCUGGAAUGCAUGCUCUAUACAUUAUUUCAGAACCAAGUAACUUGCAUGUUAUUUUCAAUAGUGAAGUGAAGAAGCCAACUUUCAAAUUCCAUUUGUGUACUUAGGAUAGACUACAGAGAACAAGAGAAGUUCUAAGCUGCUGUUUUUACCUUCUCUAUUCAGCAAGCUUUAUCGUUGUCUUGCUCUUAUUUUCAUAUCUUUCUAAGCCCCUUUUUGGGUUACAUCUGACUUCACUGUAGGAAAAAAAUAGUCUUGAUGUGAUAGGAUGUAAACAUAAGUCCUGUGCUAACAAUUGAAAAUGCUGUGUUCCGUAAACAGAAUCUAAAGGUCCCAAAUUCUCUGCCUCUGUGAACCUGCUUCAUAUUUCCAGCAGGGGCCCAUGUGACACACUGGCCACAUUCACACAGUGCUCAACCAUGGUUGAGCACUAUGUGUAUAAGCUGGAACUGAGACAAAGCAAACCCUCAGGCUUGUAGAUUCCCGAUUCCUCCUCUAUUUCAGCUAAGUGAAGGACUUAACCAGCAUUUUCCCCCAAUUUUUUUUCUGAAUCUCUGCUUCUUGUCAGGGGUUCUGGUUGAAAACAAACCAAUGGUUUGAAGUUUGCUUAUUUUGAAACAAAAUUCAGGGAAACUGAAAUUAUAUACUAGUGAAGCCAUUUUGGUUGCAUAAGAGGAGAAGAGAGGCAAUGGUAAGCCAUAGGUUAGUAUUGUGUGCAAAAUAAUUUCUUAACCAGUCAACUUCAGUGAUAUUCCAGUGAAGAAUUUUUUGGCAUUCCACUAUAUAUAAUGAAUAUACAAAAUUUCAAUGUAAUUUAAAUACACAGGAAAUAAAGGGAAAACAUUUAACAGUCUUUGAUAUAAUAUAGUUUAUUGCAUGAGGCUACUAUUGAGCCAGCCUGGCAUUUUGAUUUAGCAAUCUAUCUCUUCGAUGAGUGAAUUUAUCCUACUGUAUGAAUGGAAGUUUAGUCUGCUCACACAUGCACAACCCUGGAAUGAUCCCAGCUAGAACAUGUGCCCACUUUGAUUCAGAAAGAAAGCUUAUUAACCCCAUAGGAUCCAGGGGUAUUUGUACUCUUAACAUGAGUCAACAGUGUGAUGCAGCAGCAAAAAAGCUAAUUCUGUUCCAGGCUGCAUCUACAGAAGUAUGGUUUCCAGAUGUACCGCUCUAUUCUGCCCAGGUCAGGCCACACCUGGAAUACUGUGUCUAAUUCUGUGCACCACAAUUUAAGAAUAAUGUUGACAAGCCGGAACAUGUGCAGAGGAGGGCAACUAAGAUGAUCAAGGGUCUGGAAACAAAGCCUUAUGAGGAACAGUUGAAGAAGCUGGGUAUGUUUAGCCUGGAAUAGAGGGGACUGAGAGGAGAUAGGAUAGCCAUCUUCAGAUAUCCCAAGGACUAUCAGCUGGAAGAGGAAACAAGCUUGUUUUCUCCUGUUCUGGAAGGUAGGACUCAAACCAAUGGCUUCAAAUUACAAGAAUGAGAUUCUGACUAAAUAUCAGAAAGAACUUUCUGACAGUGAAAGCUGUUCGGCAGUGGAACAGACUCUCAAAAGAGGCAGUAGACUCUGCUUCCUUGGAGGUUUUUAAGCAAAGGUUGGAUGGCCAUUAGUCAUGGACGCUUUAGCUGAGAUUCGAGCAUUACAGGGAUUGAACUAGAUGACCUUUGGGGUACCUCCUAACUGUACAUUUCUAUUAUUCUAUGAGUAAGAGGUCCAUUUGUGCAACCUUGGAUUGUGCCCUUAAUAAUUUCAGUUACAUGUAGUUAUGAAAACUGCAUGAAGAUAAAACAUGAUGGAGUACAAUUGUAGGUUUUGUCAUUAAUCAUAAUUAUUUUGUUCAAUUUUAUAGGAAGGAUUUCUUUUGGGAGAGAUAAGGCAAGAGGAGACGUUUAGUAUUAGUGACUCUCAAAUCAGCAACAUUGAAUUUCUGCAAGUUAUUGGUAAGUAGCUACAGUUUAAUAACUUGCACUGCAAUUGAACCUCAUUUAUUUAUUUAUUUAUGCAUGCAUGCAUGCAUGCAUGCAUUCAUUCAUUCAUUUAUUUCACUCCCAUGUUUAAUGCUUUGAAUUAUCAAAAAAUGGUCAGGUAAGUUUCUCGACUGAAAUAUGUGGAACUCUGUUCACUGGUGCUACUUGAUUUUCUACUUUCUGUGGCAUAUGAUAAAACGUCCCAGGUGUACACUUCGGGGACAGGUAGUUAAGAAAAGAGCAUCUACUUCAUGAGGCCACUUGCACCUGGGUACAUGUUUUUCUAGUUCAGCAGAUACACAGCUGAGUUACAUACUUUUUUUCUUGUGCUUGAAAUACAGUUCAGUUCCUAAGGGGGAAGGAAGCCACUGGAUUGGAAGUGUGGCUACAUGUUUAUAAGUGCCAAGUGUUGUUCCAGUAUCCGUGGAAUAGUGCCCUUUUGUUGAUUAUGGUAAAAAUAAUAUGACUAAAGAGCAAAACACUUGUAUAGGUUAAUUUCAUUGAUAUUAGAAACGUUCUUUAUAUGUUCAGGGAAAUGGAAUUGGGUAUUUGCUCUUGGGUUGAUGUUUGGAAAAAAACAUUUGGGGUACAUCUUGGUAGCUUUCCACUUGAUGCAAAGUAUAACUGAAACUUACACUGUCAAUUUCUUGUUACAGAUAUCCAUAAUCAUGAGCCUUGUUCCAAACUCUUUAGGUAAGUUACUUUGUCAUCUUUUUCUUUUUCCUCUGUGCCAAUUGUAGGUGGGCUGAAACCAGCAUUAGUAUAACUCUCAGAAUGAGCUUCCAGUCUAAUUACUAUUUUUUAAAUCAAUACCACAGGUGUUAUGAAAGAACAUCCUUCAACUUUGUAAAGAACAAAAAUAAAUCCUGAAUGCGCUUGGGAGCUCCCAUAUGUCGUAUACAUUAUUUUACAUAUUUGCAAUGCAUCACAUUAAAAGUAAUACCUAAAUGAGUCUUUUCUCCUUAUAAAGUCUCCUUUUAAAAAUAAAUCCUUUUUAAAAAUUCAGCUCAUCCUUUCAGAGACUUAGAAAUAUGACUAGCUUUCUAGGGAUAUAUGGAUUUAUUGUUAUGGCUAAAAGAAUGCAGAUGCCAAGUUGCCCUGUUUGUACCAAGUGAUUCAAUAGGAAGUAAGUUUUUAAGUGGUUCAGUUCCUUCAUUUUGUGGCUCUCCACAUUCACAGAAUACUUUUUGCCAUAUCGUAUUUUACAGAUUCCACGAUCUGUAUGUAAUACAAUUGAUGCUGUAUGUGUUAAAUGUAUAGCUAUUGCUAAUUUAGGCAGUCCCAUAAAAUUAUUGCUUGGUAUGUAUUUAUCCUCUUCAAGAUUUCCAGCCAGUUUAUUUAUCACACUUAUUGACAUGAUGUUUUAAUUAAGACAUUUAACAAAAUUUAUAUACCACAUAAUUGUAAAAAUUAAAAAGAUUUUGUAAGUGGUUUACAAAAACAUAUUUUUAAAAUCUUUAUUUAAGCGUGAUACAUGUUAAGAGAAAAUGUCACUAGUGAUGGUGGCCUUUGCAUCUUUCCCCCCUGUGUCCAAGAGCUUUCCAAUUUUAUGGAUUCUCUUCUUUUUUAGAGCAUUUUAUUUAUUAGUCUGGUAAGGAUAAGACUGAGAGGAGAUCUGAUAGCCAUCUUCAAAUAGCUGAAAGGUUGUCACAUAGAGCAGUGUUUUUCAACCACUGUUCGCCGCGAGAUGUUGCCUGGUGUGCCGUGGGAAAAAUUGAAAAUUUGAAAGAUUUUUUAAAAAAAUGUCAAAUUUUCGCCCACUAGGCGGGCGCCGGACUGUGUCCACCCUAUUUUCCAUCUGUCCUGGGUGGGGAUCAGAUCGGAUGAGAGCGGACAGGCGGUCCGCUCUCAUCCGAUUCCCCAUAGAGAGCAGUGGGGCUCUGACAUCUCCCUCUCCGCACACAGUGCGGAGACGGAGCUGUCAUCCGCCGGCUCAGCGGGGAUCAGCGGAUCGAUCCCCGCUGAGCAGAGAACGGUCCGCAACAUUUUUGUUCGCCAUUAAAGAAAAAAAUAUUAAACCAUGCUUGAAUGUUAAACCAUGCUUCUUUGUGUUUAUUUGAUUCCUAUUCAAGAGAAUUAUUUUAUAUAUAGUCAAUAUAGGCACAGAGUUAAUUUUUUUAACAUUUUCUAAUGGUGGUGUGCCUCGUGAUUUUUUUCAUGAAACAAGUGUGCCUUUGCCCAAAAAAGGUUGAAAAACACUGACAUAGAGCAUGGAGUUUUCUCCUACUCCAGAGAUUUAAGUUACAACAAGGGAGAUUCUGACUAAACAUCAGGAAGAACUUUCUGACCAUAAAAGCUGUUUGACAGUGGAACAGACUCCAGCAAGAAUUGGUGGAUUAUCCUUCCUUGGAGGUUUUUAAGCAGAGAUUGGAUGGCCAUCUGUCAUGUAUGAUCUAGUUGAGUUUCCUGCAUUGUAGGGAGUUGAACUAGAUGACACUCAGGUCUCUUCCAACUCUAAUUCUAUGAUUUUAUGAUAUUACAUUUAUAUUCCACCUUUCCUCCAAGGAACUGAACACCAUGUAUGUGGUUCUUCCCUACUACAUAUUAUCCUCAAAACUAUGUGAGAUAGCUCAGGCAGAGAAUUGGUAACUUCUUGAAUUUAGAUUCAGGUAGGUAGCUGUGUUGGUCAAAAUAAAUAAAAACAUUGUCCAGUAGCACCUUAGAGACCAACUAAGUUUGUUCUGUGUAUAAGCUUUUUGUAUACCCAGAACAAACUUAAUUGGUCGCUAAAGUGCUACUGGACAUUUUUUAACUUCUUGAAGAUCAUCUAGGGAGCUUUGCCAGGGGAUUUGAACCCUAGCCUCUGAGGUCCUAGUCCAGUGGUAACCAUUACACCAUGCUGGCUCUCAGAAGUUAUCUGAAACUUUCUGCCAAUCCUAGAAAUACUAGCACUUCCACAUAGGAAAGUUGAAAGCUGAAAGCAAUAGGUGUCUAUAUAUACAAAGACAUUUCUUAUAAAUUCAGUUCAGAACAUCACCACCCAACCCCACCCCCACUCAUCUCUCUCCCCCCCCCACCUCUUUCCCCCUAUUCUUCCUAAUGUCUCAACAAAUGAAACCGAUUUUUAUUUUUUCAAAAACGUGUUACUUGGGGAAAAAAUACGAGAGAGAGACGUUGCACAUGCAUUUGUAAAAUCUUUAAUAAAAAUACAUUAAAAUAAAAUAAAAAAUAAAUUCAGUUCAGAUUAUACAAUGUUGUUGUCAAUGGAGUUUAGACCUAUUCUUUUACUUAAACAUGUAUCGGAAUAAGAAUCUGUACACAAUGCACAGCAUCUGAUAGUGAUUUAAUUUAAGAGAAAUGCAACCUUUGACAUUGUUCUGUAUAAGAAUAGGCUUCGUUUUGCUAAAUAGUAGCACUUGUAUGAAAUAAGAAACUAACAUAGUUGGAAUAGAUGCCUAUUUUACUGUGCCUUUAGUGUCCCAAUACUUUAAAAAGAACAUUUCUUUAUUAGACUGACUGCUGUCAAUGAGUGUAAUGUACUGUAAACCUCCUCUACAAAGAGGCUAAUAAGUCUAGAAGGAAUGUCAUUUUCUAAUACAGGAUAUACUUAAGUUUCUCUUCAGAUGUAGAAAUUUGUGGUUUUUAGUUACUCUGUAUGCUCAGUUAAAUGACGGCUCCAGCUUGAUGCUGAUAUAAAUAUGUGAUUCUCAUGUUAACCUCUUUGAGAUGGAGGCUAAGAAAGUUAAUUGUUUGGAACUGCUUUUAGGGAGAUAAAAAUGCUAUCUGAUAAUAACUGAAGGAUACAUUUUCAUUUCAAAGACAUGCCUCACAAAACUCAUUAUAAAAUCUCUAAAAAUGCAUAUUUUAUAUGUAUUCUACAAACAGUGGGUUUUUGAGUGUGGAUACUUGCAUACUGGGUGUGUUUGCCUUACUUAUUUGUUCCUUCCUUACAGUGUUGUGUUUGAAUAGAGAUUAUGCUCUGCCUAUACAGUACAUCUAAUACCCACAGAGAUAAAAGUGGAUAAGGCUUACUUGUACAUAAAUAUAUAUGCCUGGUCCACACUAUACCGCUGUCUACACACAACUCCUGUGCCCAUUAUGUGUUGAAUGGAUACAUAGCAUGUACAGACUGACAGUGAUCUAAAGUGUAAGCAUCAGUUUCUAACAAAAGAAAACAUACAUACGUACAUAAUUUUAUUUGUAUGCCGCCUUUCCAUAAUUCAAACUAUGCUCAAGGCGGCUUACAACAUGAAAGAAACAUAAUUACAAACAUAACAAAAGUAGCCAUAAACAAUCAAUAAAAAACAACCAAAUUAAGCAAUUUCCACAUAAAUUAUAUUAAGACCUAAAAUAAAGAUACAAAAAAAAUAAUAUCAGAAACAGCAACAAUCCCACCCCCAACAGAAAAAACCCUAAACAAUAUUCCAACCCAAAAAAGGAUGCUUUGGUCUUGAAUGCCGCUUCUGCAGGUGAACUCCUGUCCUUUAGUUAUAAGUAACAGGCAUGUGAGCAAGAGCUAGUUGAGAUAAUUUUUUAUAAGCAUUAGCUGUAGAUUUGUUACCUGUGAAACUCUACAUUUAAUAGCAGACUUUUUUCAGGGGUACAUAUGUUAUUUUUCAUAACUUAGCUGUUUAACUUCCCCAUAAUAUUUUUCUAUAAGGUUUAAUCGUUCAUGAAUGUAGUGAAUAAAAGCCUCAGACACACCUUUACAGUAUAUUACAUUUUAUUCCACUAAACAUCACUGACUUGAUUCUAAGCCAAACCUAUUUCUUUCUUUCUUAAGCUUUUAUGACUAUGCGGGCAAAGUCAAUGAAGAGAAUUUGGAUAGGAUUCUUAAAGAUCAGAGAAAAGUAAGUCUGCACUUCUUUAUUAUUUUUUUCUCUGUGCUACCAGUAAGGCCUGAAGAAAAAGUAACGUAACAUUUUAUCAUAAAGAAUGAUGAAGGGAAAUAUGUUAAAUAUUAGACCAGGCAUGGCUAACCUUUUUGGUCCCAAGUGUUUGUGGCCAGUCUGUAUGCACAUACACGCACACACUGUAUGUGAAAUGGAUAUGUAAAAAAUAAAAGAAGGGAAAGUAUCCCAGUGAGCAUUCACAGGCAACUGAUAAUGGGGAGCUCUGCCCCCUGUCUCUCCCCUGAGCCAUCUCUCAGUCUCUCUGAAUCCUGUAGGACUGGUGAAGAAGAAUUGCCUAAAUGUUAACUUUUUUGUAGUUGUUGCUCCCUUUGCUUGACUGAAUUCAGUUUCAUGUCAGUGUUAAAUAGGAUGAGAUGUAGGAUAUAACCCCAAGGAAUUUCCCAAUACUUCUUUUAGGAAAUAGGUUUUCUAGCACUACUUUUCUGUAACUUCCUACCAAAGGAGUAUACCCACAGCAGAGCAGUGCCCACUACUUCUAACUCAUGUGGUCAGCACUCAACAGUGUGGAAAGACUUUUUUUAGAAUUGUAGUUGGUUUUUCUCUUCAUGCAAUAUUUUAAUUGUACUCGCUAGUUCACUGGGGCACUGCCAUAUCUUGUGUUUAGUUCUAUAUCUUUCUAAAUUUCUUUUAAAAAUGAAAGAGGAAAAUCUUUGCCAAUGACAUUAAAAGGGACUUAGUGGUUCAUAACAAUCAGCAGCCUAAGUCUCAGUUACAGCUGAUAAUCGGGUGGAACUUCCUCAUCGCUUUCAUCUUUCCUGUGGCUUUCAUGGAAAAAAUGUUUUCCGUUCUCUUUGAAAUACAGAGAGGGGUUUCUUUUAGUUUCCUUUCAAGUAAGAUCUAAAUAAUUGUAGGAAUUAUUGUGCAAAGUUAAAUAUGCAAUAACACUUUUCUAUUUAUUCUUCUUACUUCAGUUCUGAAGAAGGGAAAUUUUGUAGUAUCUUAGUGCUGUUUUCUUAGUAUCUACAGCAGAGGUUGAUAGUGACUAUAUUUGGCUUUGCAGACCAUUUCUAGCAACUCCCCACACCCCUCAACAAUUUGGCUGCAUUGAUGGUGCGUUUUUAAACUGGGAAAGGGAGGUGUUGCAUUUGAGCCCCAUCAAGCUGGUGUGACCAGAGAGAUUUCAAUCUCUCUGUCCAGAUCUGUUGAUGAUGAGAACGCAGAUCUGAUGAGCAAGGAGAGUGGGCGGUCUUGAACCUCAUUGCUGCAGUAGUGUGAGCUGAGAGUUUUCAUUCUCUUUACCCAUAACAACUUAAAGAUGAGAUUUUUCCCUCCCCGUGGUGUGAGAGAGUGACACACACACACACAGUGUCAUGCGGUCCUCAGAGCAUUGGAUAACUUUGAAUGUGGCCCUCAGGCAUAAAAAGGUUUGCUACAAUAAUAGAUUUUACUUAAACAGUAGAAAAACAUAAGGACUUGAGGGAAAAGAAGCUUUUAGGGAUCAUGUGAUAAGCAGCAUGCAAGUUAAAUUGAAUGUACUUCAGUAAUAAUAUCUGCUGUCUUUGAAACAGAAGUUUUCCUGUCUCUGCAAAGUGUAAUAUUUCCUGAAGCAUGGGAUUGUUGGUAACAUGAAGGGAUUCGAUUUUCUCUAGACUGCAACAAUGCUAUCUUGCAGAAUGCCAUUUAUUUCUUUGAUUGGAAUAAUUAGGCUUAAGAAUUCUGGCAUGUUGGGACUUCAUAAUUAAUCUAUAUUGAAUGUACUUUUGAGAUGCAAUUUUUAUCCUUCAGUUAAUACUCCCUAAUUCAAUCUUUAUUGUAGAACGUUAUUGGAUGGUACAGAUUUAGGAGAAACACCCAGCAACAAAUGUCAUAUAGAGAACACAUCAUUCAUAAACAGCUGACACAGAUUCUUGGAGUGCCUGAUCUUGUCUUCCUUCUCUUCAGUUUCAUCUCAACCGCCAAUAACUCAACACAUGCUUUAGAAUAUGUUCUCUUUAGACCAAACCGAAGGUAAACAGUUUAUAAGAUGUGGAGGGAAACUGUUUGUCCAUUUUAAUGGUUUUUUUUAAUUAAAAAAGUAAUAGUCACAAAUGAUGUGCAAGUUGCUUUUGCUCUGAGUGUUUCAGUUGCUUCAAGUGCUAAAUAGCUGGUGUGUAUUGUACCAGAUGACAUAAUCCACAGACAAAAUCCAGAAGUAUAUGCUCUUCUGUGGAAGCUGUCAUGAUUUCCCCCUAAUUAUACAAAACUGCUGAGUAAUAUAUCCAGAAAGGAGAGGUACAGUCAAUGACCAUUUUGCACAGGGGUUCUGUUCCUGGCCCAAGCAUGCUUUGGCAGAGCAUGUAUAAGCUCCCCGCACCCUGUUCUGCUCUUAGUGACUCAUUUCGUGAUGUUUUCAGGUCACUUCUGGGUUCAGCGCUGUGCAUGCAUGUGCCAUCGGUUAAUUGGUCAUUGCCUGUAUAUGGAAAAUGUAAUGUAGGAAUUUGUAAGAGUUAUUAUUGGAUGACACAUUGUAGUAGUUUAUUUAAAACCAACUUGAGAAGGAUUCAUUUUUAGAGUCUUGUUAGUUUAGUGAAUGCCAUUAUGUCUCAUAAUCAUAAUCGUGAUUAUAAUCAUAAUCAUGCUGCGGCAACCCAGUUAGAUGGGUGGGGUACAAAUACGUUGUUGUUGUUGUUGUUAUUAUUAUUAUUAUUAUUAUUGAAAACUGUAUUCUCAAUAUAUCUGCUAGUAAAAUAUUCUGCUGUCUCUUCAUUAAAGAUACUUUGUGGCUCACAAGAGUAACUAGAAACUAAAAUAUUUGAGAGUCAUGAAAAUGACCCAAUCACAAAUUGGCUUUCUAUAGCUGAUCUGGUUGUACUUGCAUAUAGGACUGCAAACUUUAGUUUUAGAUGAUUGAGCAAUCAUCUAAAACUGUAGCUGAUAAUUAGUGGGAAACAGCUUUAAUCAAUGUGACUUAAAAAUUAAAUAUUAUGCUUUACCUUUUUUUUUAAAAAAAAAAGCUAUUUAGAAAAAAAAAAACUAUUUGGUUCUAGUGGUGAUGGGUAAUAACCUCUUUCUUAUAUAGCCAUCAAUAACAUUUUCCAGCAGUGAGUUAGUUAUACUUUAUAGUUUGGUGAACAAAAAGCUAGGUUGCAUUCCUUUAAUGUUCUGGUUUGCAUGUACUGCAAGCUAUGACUUACUGCGUAUAAGCAAGCAUGCUGGUGCAUUGAGAAAAAUCAUGAGUGCUGCACUUCUCCCCUGGUCUUGGUGUACUACUAGGAAUAAGCUGCAAGUUGUAGCCUAGGGUCAUUACUUACUGCUAAUGGUUUGUUCGGGUGUCAGUACUUAUGAUCAUAACUAGUAUGUUAAAGUAAAAAAAGGUGAAGGUAAAGGACCCCUGACAGUUAAGUCCAGUCACAGACGACUCUGGGGUUGCGGCGCUCAUCUCACUUUACAGGCUGAGGGAGCCAGCGUUUGCCCGCAGACAGUUUUUCCAGGUCAUGUGGCCAGCAUGACUAAGCCGCUUCUGGUGCAAUGGAACACCGAAACCAGAGCAGCACACGGAAACACUGUUUACCUUCCCGCUGGAGCGAUACCUAUUUUCUACUUUCACUUUUGGCAUGCUUUCAAACUGCUAGGUUGUAUUUCCUUCUUAAUUGUAGCUUUUUGAAACCCUAAUCGUUGUGGGGAGGUAGUAAGGCUCUUCUGGGUGAUUAUUAUGACUGGAAUCUCUUGUAAGGAAAUAACAUUACAGAAAGUAACCUCAUAUUUCUAAACUUUUUUCUGCAGGUAUAAUCAAAGAGUGUCACUUACUAUUCCUAAUCUAGGCAACACAAGCCAGCAGGAAUACAAGGUCUCUUCAGUGCCAAAUACUUCCCAAAAUUAUACCAAAGUUAUUAAGGAGCAUGGGUGAGCAUUGUUUUAAUAUGUAACAAAUGCCAUUUUGGUGUGCCUAGAAAUAAAUGCAUGUGAUCGCUAACUUAGUCACACUUGCAGUGGAUCCAUUGAUUUCAGUUAUCAUGACUCUCUUAGAUAUCACCAGGAGCAGAUCUAGAGCAUUCUUGGUUAUCUGAUUUUGUUUAAUGACUUCUGUUUUUUAAACAGUACAGAGAAGUAGAAAAAUAAGUCAAAAACUUUAUUUGGGAUAAAGCAAAUUAUCAAGAAAAGCAACGUUAAUGUGACCAACGUUAACUGUAGAAGAUCUCUAUGUGUAUGACUUUUAUUGGCUUAAAUGAGGCUCCUUGUUGGCUUUUAGUUUGUCAUGGUUUGUUUUUUGUUUUUGUUUGUUUUGUGUGCAAUAAAUAUACAGUCUAUUUACUUUGUGGAAUAAAUGUUUCUCUUGUGUUAACAUAACAUCAGGUUGUGCAAAAAUAACUUUGGAUCGUAUCCAAUGGUGUCUUUUUACUUGAUGGAAGGCUCUUUGAUCUCAUUUCCAUCAGUGGAACAGGAAAGGAGGCAAUUUUUGCCAAUUUCCCUCUCCUCUGCAAAACCUCACCCCCUGGUCAAUUUGCUUGGAUUGGGGACCCUUUGGAGCAACAUGUGCAGUGGCACACAGAACUGCAGGGGAAAAUGAAAUUGACAAAAAUUGCCUCCCUCAUUUUUCUGCAAAUCGAAACCUCUGCUGAAUCAAAGAGCUUUGUGUCAGUGCAGGGUGCAUCAUAGAUGCUAUCCUUUUCAGACAGCUUCAGCAGUCCAGGCCUUGCUUCCUGGAGUAUGGCUCUGAAAGGUAAACCCUUUUGAAGGGUAAAAGACAUCUUGGAAAAGCAGGAUUUGCCCAUUUCUAACACAUUAUUUCUGAUGUAUUUUUAGUACUGCUUUUUUUGAUAAAGAUGGUGUGAUGAAGGACAUCAGGGCUAUAUAUCAGGUUUAUAAUGCACUUCAAGAAAAAGCACAGGUAAUUCUUCUUUAAUGUUCUGUAUUUAUUGUGACAACUUUCUGCUUACUAAUGCAAAGCUACAGUAAAACUUUCAUUUUGAAUUUAAAUGUUUCACGAACAACUUACAUUGUGAACAGUUAUAUUAAGCUAUAUUAAGUCAAAUCAACUAAUUAAAAUAUUUAGUUAAUAAUGCUCAAUAGAACAGAAAUUUCUAGCAUAAGAAUUGUAGGUAAUAAUUGUCUAUUACAAGUUUUCCCUGCUUUAAGACUGAAAGUAGCUGUCAAGGAAAUAGGCCAAAUUGUCCUAUGUCCAGAUCUCACUUUAGGAUAUGCAUGGGCAAAAUGCUGAAUCUUUGCGGCUGCAUUCUUCUGAAGGGCUUUCUCCACUGGACUUGAUUGCAAAAUUGAGGCCCUACUGUAUAAUGCAUUAAGGCUCUUUGUGUGUGUGUGUGUUAAAUAUUUGAUAAGGGAUCUUUAAAGAAUACUGUAGCAUUUAAAAUUAACAGAAAAUGGAAAUCCCUCUUUGCUCCAGCCCUUCCUUUUCUGUGAUUUAGACCCUACUGCCUAUUAUCUGGUCUUUUCAAGGUCUGGAUGCCAUUGUGCCAAAGUUUAAUUAAGGCCAUAACUGCAUGUUUACACUUAAGUAGCUGCCCCAAUUAUGUGCCUGAAACCUGGUUUAUUGCAUUACCGGUGGUAAAGUAAGCAUCCAUACCUACUCCCGCUAUGCAUGAAGUUGCCAUCUCCCUUUUAUUCUUAAAUCCUGUGGGUUGAUUUGAAACUGCAUCAUUUGUGCCACUUUAUUGUUCAGAUUCGUAACAUACAUGUCUGGUAGUUUAGUUUAGUAUAUUUAUAUAUUGUUUUGAGGAGUCACAGAAUGAUUAACAGUAAUAGAAUAUAGAAUAUGAAUUGCAUAAGAUGUUCAAUAAAAUAAAACACAUAUAAAAACUAAAAGUGUUCAUCGGGUAGAUAGCUAACCAGGUUUUAUGGAUUGAGGGCAAGUGGAUGAAGGCAUCCUCUAGUUAAUUUCUAAGAAGAAAGUUGCCCAAGCUUAAAUCCUGCCUCACUUAUCUCAAUUGUAUAGAGGCUUGUUAGGUUUCUCAGCAGUGAAGGAAGGGCUGUUUUCACAUGCUCAGAGGCAUAUUCUAUAUAUAUGAUCCAUGCUGUGAUCAUUAACAUCUGUACAAACGUUAAUACCCUUAGUGGUUCUCUUAAUGAAGUAAGUGCUUGCUUUCCAGAAAUCACCCUUUCCAAUAUUUGUAGGGAUGUGACUUUCCUUGCUUUAUGUUGGUGCACAAGUGACCUAAAGAAACCUGCCUGUUCAUGCUUUUUAGGCUUAUGCUAUUUUCUGUUACGUUUAAAGCUGCUAGUCUGUGAACUUUGACUUAGGCUUUCCCCAAAUAUUAAGUUCUUGCACAUUCUUUCUCACUCGUAGCUCUUUGAAAGAGAAAAAACAGAUCCAUGUGAAAUGCCAUGACAUCUUCAGAUGAAGGGUGGUAUACAAAUUUAAUAAAUAAUAAUAAUAUUUCAUCUAACUUUUACAUUUCUAAGUUCUAAAGAGCAGUCAGGCGUAUAAAAAGCCUCUUCCCAAUAUAUUACCCACCUGGCCAGUAUUCACUAGAUACAUUGCAAUUACGGCAUAAAUGGAUUUUUAUUAAACUGUUUCUUCAGCAGGCUGCUCAUCCCAACUUUUUAGCUGUAGUGCAAAUAAACUUUGCACUGCACCAGCUAGAGUGGCCAUUCUCUUGCAUUCCUCCAAAUAACUACUUGAAUUUUUUGGUUUGCCAAAGCUGGUGUCAGCAUUAGUGGCUUGGGACUACUCUUACAGUUUUUGUAGUGCUACAUCCCAGGCUGUGAGUGGACCUGCCCUGAUUAUUACAUGACCCUCAUGCAGUUUUGCUGCAGUGCAUAAAAUCAGUUUGCAUUACUGUUCUCAGAUUCCAGUAAGUAAUGACUGAGAGGUGGUGACAUAGAGCAUUAUCUGUUUUCAAUGAGGGUUUAUGAGUUGUUGCUUGGCCAUCAGCACACUUAGCAUUGGCCAUGUAUGAAGCCAAAAUCUGGCUGCUAAGAGUGCAAUUACUCCCAUCUACUUGGGAUUAAACACCAUUGAAUUCCAAAGAACAUACAGCACAGUCCUCACCAUGUCUACUCAGAAAUAAGUUUUUAAAACUUAGUGCAAAUUGUAUUUCAUUCCUUCAGUACUUUACAAUGAUGCCCAGAGUUGAAAUUUGGCAACUUCUCUUUCUACCACAGUAAUUGAGGUUUGGUCACAAGUGGUGCAUAGUAUAUGAAUUAUGAAAAUCUCACAGUGGCUGUGUCUUGGAACUUGAUUUUUCUACAUUGCAUUUCUACUAAGGCUUUUGAACAUGAAUUUUCACUAACCUUGUGUAUUUCUCCUAGGCAGUAUGUAUAGAAGUAGAGAAGAGUGAACAAGCUGCUGAAACUUUCCAGGCAGAAGUCAAUAAGCUAAAAACACAAAUCUUGCAAAAGAAACAAGAAAAGGAGCAGGAAAUAAGUAAGCCUUUUCUGUAAAUAUUCUCUACCUGGCUCGGAAAAUUGACCGAACCCUCAGCUCUGCAGUGCUCCAUUACACAGUCCAGUUGGAAACAAAUCCAAUAUUUAGAGUUUAGUGCAUAGCACAAUAGCAUUUUGUUCCAGACCCUUUUCUAAGGGUGAUAUCCAUUUGUGUCCAUCUUUGUAUGGAACAAAGAUGUAUUCCACACAUGCCACCCAAUUUACUUUGUAGGGUUGGAGAGCCCUACAUAUAUCACAUUGGGUAUUUAGAGAUGAUACCAUACACCACCUCAGUAAUCUAGUUUUGUGUGAGUGGCCACCUCCUUAGACGAAAUAUCAGGCAUAUCAUGUAUACCUUAAUUCUGUGGGGUAAGGAAAGCUGAUGAACAGGGACAAUUAUAGAAUUGGAGAUGCACCCUCCACUUGACCAUUCUUAAACACUGUUCCAGUUCUCUUUGUAAAUUGGCAGAUAAUCCCUGAUGCAGUUCCUGCCUAACACAAGAAUCUUUGCUGGAGAAAAUGCAGCACAAACAGAAAAAAAUAGUGUUAGAAGAAGCAGGGGAAGGGUUAAACUAGGAGAUGAUUAUAUUAGUAGUGAUGGGAACUUUGCUGCUAAUGUAGACAUGUGGAAUGGGAUGUUCAUUGAAAAUAUCAAAAUAUGACACUUAAUUGUAGUAUUCAGAAUGAUGGGCAUCAGUUAUGAUCUGGAGAUGUGAAAGACGCUGUAUGUUCUCUGGCGCUCUAGAAUGAAGUGUGUCCUUAAAACAUGCUUGUCUUAUAUCUGAAGUAUAGCUUUCAUAGUUAUUAAACUAUGGAUAUGGCUGGCAGUUCUUCCAUUCCAAUUAGGAACCACAUAGAUUAUACUUGUUGCUAAUUAUAAAUAGCUGAGUGGGAAGCCAUGUGCUUUCUAUUUCUAAGUCCAUUCCCGUCAACUCAUAAUAUGUACCGGGUAACUUCCUAAACAAAAUUUUAAUGGGGGCCAGUUCACUUUGGAUUGGACCAUAUCCCCUUUGUGUUACUCAUGAACACAAAUAUUCCCUAUAUUAGCUGGCACUUAAAUGACUAGAUGGAAUGUGGUGAAAGUCCAAGCAAGUGCUUAGCGGAGAAAUCAGGUAUAAGAUUAAAGAAAAAUAGGAUUAUAGGAAAUGUGGAUUGAGAAAUAGAGAGGGCCAUAUAUGGGGGUGCUAAAAGUAUAAAACAGUAAAUGCUGAGGGCAGAUAAAUGUGCGAUGGAAAUUUAAGCACUAGGGAGCAAUGUUUGUUUUUUAUUUAUUGUUGCCUCUUCAAAUGUAGCUUCUGACGUAUUGAAUGUGAUCCUGGGCUUUAAGUGCUACUCUGAUCUGCUAUCAAGUAGUUCUCCAAUAUACAUGACUAACGGUUCAAAACAUGAUUGGAUGGAUAACCCAUUAAAUACCAAGUUUGAGUAUUGGAAGGAUAAUAUAUUUCUUUCUGCAGUGUGUUGAUUUUGGGGCAUAGCAGUUAUGAGAGGUUUAACAGUCACUAGAUUUUCCAUAAGUACAUAAGCUUUAGGGUAAUGGCAAGUAUAGAACAAGUUCUUCAGUUAUAACUAAGUACAACAGAUUAUUUUUCUCUAGCUCUUGAAUGCCUUCCACUUUCAUGCUUACUUUUCCCUGGGGUAUGAUUUUACUUGCUUAUCAGUAUACUAUCCAUGUUAAAAUCAGGCAUUACAGUCAAAUCUCAGUUGUUGAACGUAAUCCAUUCCGGAAGCCCAUUCGGCUUCCAAAAUGUUGGACAACCGAGGCAUGGCUUCCAACUCAGGCAGAAGCCGCAUCAGACGUUCGGCUUCCAAAAAAUGUUCGAAAACCGGAACAUUUACUUCCGGGUUUUCAUCAUUCGGGAGCCAAAACGUUCCAAAACGGAGGUGCUCGGGAUCUGAGGUUUGACUGUAUAUUUUGACAAGGGUAAAACCCUAUGCCAUUCAUUUAGAUCCCUAAAAUAAAAUUGGGCCAAUACAGUUACUUACACAGCAGUUAUUUCUGUUUCUCUACAGCUUUUGGGCUCAUUCAAACCCUAUUGUUUACGUAUAUUUUAAUAUUAUGCUGUCCUAUCCUCUCCCUUGUCUAAUUGCCUUGUGGUGGGGAUUUAUUUUGAUGAAACCACAUUGCUCAGAUAUGCUGUGACAGACAUAAGACAAGAAGCAGAAGCUUUUAGGGUAAGGUAGCAAGUAAUCAAAGUGAGAGCUGAAUAGUCCUGAUAGUGUGGUAGAACUCAUUUUGCAUGGUUUCUGCCCACUGCAUUCUCUCCACACUGUGCAGAAGAACCAAAGGAGUAUUGAAAAGUUUGGAAAAAAAUCCUUCAAUUUUAGAGACACAAAAUACUGCUUCUGACAUUAGAAGAUUGACUUUUGAAAAGAUUAUAUGCAUGUUUAGUUUCAUUUGUCCGUGACAGAUGGUAUGUGAUAGUUCUAAAUUAGUGUUCAAAACCUCAGCGCCUCAUUAGCUAAGAAUCAAAAUUAAAGUUACUAUUGUAUAGUUCAGAGAUACAUAGAUCUCAUCCCAGUUGGUCUCAGUACCAUUUGAGGAAAGAGGUCAGAAAUGAGAAAUCUGUAUCUGAUGGUUUUGUGGUUCAGGUGCUGUUAGGAAUUCUCUUGCCUAAAAAUCAGCAUACUUCUCAAUAUUAGGUUGUGGUUUUGGCUUUUCAAAAUAAUAGCCAUUUGAAAUUGCUUUAAAUGGUUUUACUUCAGUCUUUUCCUGCAUAAGUACAAUCCUCUGCUGUGAGGCAUAAUACAUGUAUGCUAUAUAUACUCUGCUGUAACUGUACCAUUCUUUUUUGCCCAUGAGGAAUUCUCUUUUGAGGGGCAAUAAAUGCACCUAAAGUAGCCUAUUAUCAAGUUUGUGUUAGUGCCUGCCUUUGAGAAAUCCUGUCCGUUUGAGUUAACUAAACCAAAUUGCUCCACUUCACUUUGGCACUGGGUUUAACUUCUUGCAAGACAUUUCAAUAAUGAAGCAUGCUAGUACUAGCAAAGUGAAUUCUAGGAAAACUAGUUCAGUCAGUUUAACAUUGGCAGUUUUUCACUCAAAUGACUUACUUAAACAUAGUUGAAUACAUAGGUGCAUUGUGAGUUUCUUUUCAGUGCCCAUGAUAUCAAAAUUUUAUGCAGUUUGCCACAUUAAGAUACCUUGUUUUGACAGCUAAUUACAUUUAUUUUUCCACUUUUUUGUAGGACUGCAGCAGGCCAUCUUAAGCAGACAAAUGUCAAAUGAUACCUUGGAGCCUAUAUUUAUCCCCCGAAUGUCCCAUGCUGGAUUUGUUGCAGAAGGUAGUAAUAUUGAAGAACCCGAUGCCUCUGAUCCUCCUCCUCCUUAUGCUGACUUGAGUGUAAUCAAUCACGACAGUGCCAUACGCCCUGGUGUUCUAGAAAGCAAUGUUUUCAUGCCUCGACCUCAAGCAGUAGGCUCUUCCAGUUAUGUUUCCACAAAUACAGGAUUGAAGCUUUCAGGCAAUGGAACAUCCAUGCCAUCCUCUUCCCAGGCGACUGUCGGUGACAAUGUUAAUGAAUCAGAAGACAGUGACUGUGAGAAUUUUCUUGAACCUACAGAGUCAUCUGACAAUGAAUACGCACAGACAAGAAAUUCUCGUCCCCUGACACAUGCGGAUGGAGAUUCCAGGAACACUCAAAUCUCCCAGAUCUAAUGGAACAUGAGCUUAAUAUAGCACUAUCUUUCCUAAAUGUUACAGAAAUAUUUUGGGAUUUAACUUGGAGGAAAUGGGCUACAAAAGUGGAUUAUUGUGCACAGCAGAUGUAGAAGACUUGAACUUAGAUGGCUUAUUCACUUUUGUGAUACAUUUUUGCAAGUUUUGUAAUUGAAUCAUUAGGAUAAUCAAACUACUAAUAUUGAUGAAAUUCAUGGAUGUACUGGUAAAUAAGCAAAAUGAAAUUUGGGGGGGGGGGAAUCCUGUGGCUUUUGUUGCCAUAUUCUCCAUAAAAAAUGGAAUUUAGCAACUAAGCGCACUCUAAUGAUCUCAAAUCAAAGCUUACCUCGUGCACUAUCAUGCCUUGAAUUUUGGGGGAGGGGGGCAUUUCUAAGAACUUUGAUCAGCAGGCUUUUUAAUGGUGAAGCCAAAUAGAUCAUUGCCAGAAACAAAAACCUUUGAUAAUUUCAAGCAGCCUGAUUGGAACAAAUGUGAGCUAUAUUCUCUGCAUGCUCUUUUAAUAGAGAUGAAGUUUGUUUCAAUCUUUUUCUACUAGCCUAAUGUCUAUCACUUAAAAUUAUGGUUGCCUUUUUAUGUAGAAAAGCGAUUACCAGUAAAUCAUCAGUGAAUGUCUUAAGCAUAACUACUCUGACCUUGGUGGAUUUAAAGUGACUUUCCCACACUAUCAUCAGUUGCAUUUUUGUUCUAAAAAUAAUGAAGAGCACAUAGCAGAAAGUAGUGAAAUAAUGUGGUCAUUUCUGUCAGGCACCGAACAUUUAAUGCAAAACUUCAUGCAACAUUCAAAAUAAUCCAGAUUUACUAUGUAAACCACUUUGAGUCUCUGUUAGGGGAAAAGGUGGGAUACAAUAAUAAAUAAAUAAAUUAAUUAAAUAAAAUAAUAAAAUAACAAGUCCUGGAGAAUGGAAGAGGCUGUCUAGUGCAAUCCCCUAGGGUUUUCCUCUUAAAUUAAAACUAUAGCUCUUCUCAUGUUGGGGUAAGAACCUGCGAGGCAUGAAGUGGAAUCCGUUUAAAUAAUUUUUGAAUGCACUUACUAUAUUUUUUAUUUUAUGCUUGCAGGGGAAAAAUUGCCCAAAAGAUACAAAAUAGUGCCACUAAGUAUCGAACUAGGCAUUUUCUUCAAUUAGCAAAUGGCAAACCUUUGAUUCUGUAACAAUUCGUCUCUGUUUUAUUUAAUCCAACUCUUGAUUAAAAACCCACAUGAAGACUUCUUUUAGAUAUAUGAUUGCCUACAGCUAAAAACUCAGUAGCUAAACAAUCCCACAUCUGUCUGUUCGCCUCUCUGUUGUCUGUACUAAGUAAAACCAAGUGGCUUUGAAAUAUGAUAAAAAUACUUCUAUCUCCUUGGACAUUUGGGACUUUAUAAACAUUUCUGUUUUCAGUACUUAACAUACUAUUUGGCCUUAACAUGAUAUGUUUUGUUUUACAUUGCUGCAGUCUGUUCUAAUUAACAAAAAGUGUGUUUGGGUUUUAUUAACUUUGGGUAUCUACAAGCAUCUGUUGUGCUGGUUUGUUAAAUAAGUGCUGUUGCCAUCUCAUCAGUUCAUUCAAGAAAUUUUAUUUUUAUCUCACUCAAACUUUUAAUGUACAUCUCUGACAAAGCAGUUAAAUGUGACAAUAAAAUCUUAUUUAAUCCUUUAUCUUUUAAUAUCUGUCAGCAAUGUUUCAUUGCAGUGAGAUCACACAUCUGCAAGUGAAAGCAGUGUUAAGAUCCACCCCUCAAUGAAACAAAUGAUUGACAAAACUGUAUAUUGGUUCCCCUAUAGGCUGAGUGUAAAGAAGAGCACCCAUGAGAUUAUGGUUUGUAUACAGUAGUAAUCACUUUUUCUAAUGUCCAUUCACAUUUGCUCAUGCAUGGCAAAUAUCUGUAAUCCUUGCAACAGAAGACUGGCAGCAGCAAUUUAAUAAAUAUCCCCUUACUUUGCAUAGUACAUCACAACAACUUUUGGAGGUAGCAACUCCAUUUGCAUGGGUGACUCAGCUGAGUCUGGAUGAUGUUGAAUAUGUUUCUAUACACACAAAUUACUUCUAUAAAUAUGGGCAUAUUUAAUUUCUCAGUGGGAAAAUCAUGAUGUUGAAAUAUUACAUCGCCUAUAAUAAUAAUUUGUUAUAAAACCUGUGGUCUUAAAUCUGUUGCCUGUUUCUUCAUAAAUUGGGGUUACAGAGGCAUACACUUCAUUGGCAUCAAUUUAUAAGUAACUCAGAACCGUACAAACCUGCGCAAUUAUCUCCAGUAGAAGUACCAUCAUUGACCGUCCUGCCCUAUUGGUUCAUUGUAAUUGUUAUCUCUGGUUAUGUGUUAGGUUAUGACCGACCAUAAUGCCUGUAUAACACAGAUAGAAUGCUUGUCCCAUCAGCAGUAUCUGGUGUGAAUAUGAGCCCUCUUCCAUUAUUCUUACUGGGAUCCAGACUCAGCUGGGAAUAGGACCUUCCAUGCAGCAACUUGCUUUUAACCUUCUCUUUUGGAGGCUAAUCUGCCACCUUUUCUCCUUUCACUAACAACUCAUCUAAUUAUUUUGCAUAUACAUUUGUAUUAUGUAAAAACAAAUUAUAAUAUGGGGAGAAGCAAUGUCCUUAGAUUUGUUCCCUUAUCACCACUGAAGAAAUCAAGUGAUUAUAAUCUUCGUUACUAUGGUGGCAGCUUGCUUUUGUCUGCCUAGAUGCUUAAUAUAUUGUCUGAGAUGUAUUCUAAAUGGCAGAAUGGUAAGUGUUCUGUAGUCGGAAACAGGUCUAGCUUUUGUAGCGGGUUUGCUAUUGCACAGCGUAGUCUUCUGCAAAGAGGAUUGAUUGUCUGAGUCCCACUUAUAUGUAUCCUCCUGUAUUUUUAUUCUGCUUUCCAUAACUAAGCUUAAGGCAAUGUACGUGGGAAUUGCCAUGCAGUCUCCCAUGAAGGCACAGGCCAGACACAAACCUGAUUUGUUCCAGCAGUUUCUUAGUUCACAAGAAACUUGGGUUUCACAUUGCCAUCAACUCAGAGACAAUUUUUUUUUAAUUAAUUGGUGAUGUAGUUUUUCUAAACUGCUUGAAUCAUUUUUUAAUUAUGGGCAGUAUAUAAAUGGAUUGAAAUAAAUAAAUGUUUUUUUUUU